AUGACUUUUAACAGUUUUGAAGGAUCUAAACCUUGUGUACCUACAGACAUCAAUAAGGAUGAGGAAUUUGUAGAAGAGUUCGAUAGAUUAAAAACGUUUGCUAACUUUCCGCGACGUGGCCCUGUUUCAGCAUCAGCGCUGGCAGGAGCGGGUUUUCUCUAUACUGGUGAAGGCGACACUGUGCGGUGCUUUAGUUGUCAUGCCACAGUCGACAGGUGGCAGUAUGGAGACUCAGCACUUGGAAGACACAGGAAAGUAUCCCCAAACUGUAGAUUUAUCCACAGCUUUUAUUUUGAAAAUAGUGCCACACAACCUACAAAUCCUGAUGUCCAAAAUGGUCAGAACAAAGUUGAAAACUAUCUGGGAAACAGAAGUCGUUUUGCUUUCGACAGGCCAUCUGGGAUUCAUGGAGACUAUCUUUUGAGAACUGGACAGGUUGUAGAUACAGCAGACACCAUAUACCCGAGGAAUCCUGCCAUGUGCAGUGGAGCAGCUAGACUGACAUCGUUUCAGAACUGGCCAGACGAUGCCCACCUAACCCCGAGGGAGUUAGCUAGUGCUGGGCUCUCCUACACAGGUACUGAUGAUCCAGUGCAGUGCUUUUGUUGCGAUGGAAAACUGAAAAACUGGGAAGCCUGUGAUCGUGUCUGGUCAGAACACAGGCAACACUUUCCUAAUUGCUCCUUUGUUUUGGGCCAGAACAUAAAUAUUCGAAGUGAAUUUGAUAUGGUGAGUUCUGAUAGAAAUUUCCCGAAUUCAACAAAUCUUCCAAGAAAUCCAGCCAUGGCAGAUUAUGAAGCACGGAUCGUUACUUUUGGGACAUGGAAGUACUCAGUUAACAAGGAGCAGCUUGCAAAAGCUGGAUUUUAUGCUUUAAGUGAAGGGGAUAAAGUCAAGUGCUUUCACUGUGGAGGAGGGCUAACUGAUUGGAAGCCCAGAGAAGACCCCUGGGAACAACAUGCUAAGUGGUAUCCAGGGUGUAAAUAUCUGUUAGAAGAGAAGGGACAAGAAUAUGUAAACAAUAUUCAUUUAACNNAUUCACAUGAGGAGACUCUAGUAGCAACUGCUGAAAAAACACCAUCAUUCAUUGAAAGAAUUGAUGAUACCAUCUUCAAAAAUCCUAUGGUACAAGAAGCUUUACAAAUGGGAUUCAAUUUCAGAGACAUUAAGAAGAUAAUGGAAGAAAAAAUUCAGCUAUCUGGGAGCAACUAUAAAUCACUUGAGGUUCUGGUGGCAGAUCUAGUGAGUGCCCAGAAAGACAGUGCACAAGAUGAAUCCAGUCAGACUUCAUUGCAGAAAGAGAUCAAUAUUGAAGAACAGCUAAGGUGCCUGCAAGAGGAAAAGCUUUGCAAAAUCUGUAUGGACAGAAGUAUUGCUGUAGUUUUUAUUCCUUGUGGACAUCUGGUCACUUGUGAGCAAUGUGCUGAAGCAAUUGAGAAAUGCCCCAUGUGCUGCACAGUUAUUACUUUCAAGCAAAAAAUUUUUAUGUCUUAA